AUGGCGACGCACUCACGGCCACAUCACACUUCCGGCGGGUGCGGGGGGAAGUGCCGGCGCCCUUCAGGGACGGGCCGAGGAGGGGCGGAUCGCUCUCAUUGGUGGAGAAUGCCCAGAGAGGGCGGGACGAAGGGGCAACGGGCUUCGCUGAUUGGCUGCCGCUCGACGGCGCGGCGGCCGGGUCGUGCGGGCGGAAGCGGCGCACGGCGGAGGCGCGGCGGGACGGAAGGAGGUGACUGGAAAAUGGAGAAAACUUUGAUCAGAAUUCAUCCAGUUUCUGAUCCAGAAGCAGAGUAUUUUCUACAAGUAUCAUGGGAAAAAGAUAUAAGCAGUGGCUUUGGUAUAAUACUUACCGAUGGUGAAUAUGCAUGGACUGGGACAGUGUCUGAAGCUGAAAUUUCUAGGGAGGCUGCUGACAUGGAAAUGAACAGAGAAAAAUAUGUUGAAGAAUUGAAGAAAGCACUGAUAUUUGGAGAAGAAUCAGCUGGCAAAUACAACUUCACCGUUUCAGUGGAUGAAGAAAAUGCACAGUGUCAUUUCUCCUAUGAAAGAAAUCUGAAAGAUGGCUCUGUAAGUAUGAUUAAAUGCUUAAAUUUGACUCUUAAUUAUGAGAAGAAUCUUGUUGGUGAGAUGAGGUUUAGACUUGGAUCUCUGAAGCUACAAAAAGUUUCACAUCCAGCUGAUGUGGUUAAAGAGCUGAUUGGCUAUUGUCUGGACUGCUUAGGAGGACUCCAGGUGAAAAAUGAGCACCUGCAAAAAGAAAAUGAGAGGCUUUUCUGUGAUUUGAGUGAUGUUGAGAAAAGGCUGGAAAAAUGUGUAGAAGCUAAAGAAGAACUAGAGGCAGAUCUUUAUAAUCGGUUUGUUUUGGUGCUGAAUGAAAAGAAGACGAAGAUAAGAAACUUGCAGAAAUUGUUGAAUGAAGCUAAAGAAUUGGCAGUGGAUACCCAAUGUACAAGGGAUAGUAUAGCUACAACACAGAUGGCAACAGAGAAAGAAGAUGACUAUGAUGGCAGCACUGAGGAGGAAAGUGAAAAUUUAAUACAGUCCUCAUUACCAUCAGCACCAGAACGAAGAGAUUCCCUACUGGGUAGUCCUGAUGUCAUCAGUACUGCUCCAAGACGAAAGAGGAGACAAAGAACAAUGAAUCCUGCUGGGACAGAAGCUAAGAUAGCAACUUAUGAGACAGAAAUGCUAGCAAAGGAAAAAACAGAUCUCUCCUCACAGAAGACAGCAGGCAAGCACUCCCCAGAUGUGAUGUCUCUUGAAACACUGGAAAACACUUGUGAGCCAGAGGACCUCUUUGAUGACAUCUAGCUACAUGCUGGCUGAGAAACUGAGAGACUGGUGCUCCACAUCAUGUUGAGCUAUAAAACUAAAAAGCUUUGUUAUACACUCAGCUGAAAUCUUUACAGUAUGUGAUGACAUAUUGCUCUAAUCCUCUUGCACUGCCCUUAUCCCCAUCCUUCACUACACGGCUGCAGAUCCCUUGGUUUCCUUAGGCUUUGUUUGUGCCAGCCUUGAAAUCAGUUCAGCCUCUAUGCAGAUCUUUUACCACACUUAUGUGGGGAAAAGAGCACGCUCACAACAUUUUUACAUCAUAACAGUCUUUGGCUGCUGACUGUAUCCAGGAUCAACUGUUUUUCAGAUGUCCCCAGAGAAUCGUUCAGACAAAAGGAAGACUUAAGGACAUCACUGUACUUACCUUACAUACUACCACUUUCCUGGGGAGCUCAGUUUAGAUAUGGUUUAGCUAAUUCAUUCUUGACUUUAAAUGAGAUAUAUAUCUUUCAAAAAUGAAGUAUCCAAAGAAGCUACAUUUUUAUUUUUAUUUGAAGAUUCUUUGUAGUAUCAUACAUUACAAAGUACAUUCUUGCAUUUGGGAAUAAAGUUUAAGUCUGAAUCUAUUUUAAGCUUCUGUAGAAACUCGUAGCCUUUAAAACUGAUGUUUUCAUAUUUCAUUAUUUUUCCUAAUUAUUUUUCUAAAACAAUAAAAUGC